CCUUUCUCCACCCCCAGCCCCGGGCCGGGGAGGCGGCAGAGCUGCAGCCCGGCCGCCGGCGGGGGCCAGGGGCAGCCCCGCACGGCCCCUUCUCCGCCUCCGUCAAACACCUGCGGGGGGAGAGGGAUGCCGGGGGGUGGCCGCCCCCCUCCGCCGGAGCGAGAGCUGGUCCCGGAGCCGCCCCGGCGAGGAGGAGGAGGAGGAGGAGGAGGAGAGGAAGAGAAAGAGAAAGGAGCAGGAGGGAAGUGGGGAAGUUGUGCCAUGCCCGCCCCGCCGAGAGCCGGAGCCGUGGGCCCCGCCGGGGGGGCGCGGGCCGCCCCCUCGUUGCUGCUCUCGCUGCUGCUGGGAGCCUCGGCCCCGCUCUGGCUGCGGGCGGAGAAGCUGGGGGAUGGAUGUGGGCACACGGUGAUGUAUCAAGACAGCGGGACCCUGGCAUCCAAGAACUAUCCUGGGACAUACCCAAACUACACUCUUUGUGAAAAGAAAAUCCAAGUGCCUCCGGGAAAACGCCUGAUCUUAAAGAUUGGAGACCUGGAUAUCGAAUCACAGAAAUGCGAAUCCAGCUACCUUACCAUCCAGAGCUCUUCAACGUUGCAUGGGCCAUACUGUGGUAACGUGAUGCCCGUCCCCAAAGAAAUCAUUCUGGAUAGCAAUGAAGCGACUAUUCACUUUGAGAGUGGAUCCCACGUGUCAGGACGAGGUUUUCUGUUGUCCUACGCCAGCAGUGAUCAUCCAGAUCUAAUCACAUGUUUGGAACGAGCAAACCACUACACAAAGGCUGAAUACAGCAGAUACUGUCCUGCUGGCUGCAGAGAUAUAGCAGGUGACAUCUCUGGGAAUGUCGGAGAAGGAUACAGAGAUACCUCGCUGCUGUGCAAGUCGGCGAUACAUGCAGGCGUAAUCGCGGACGAGCUGGGCGGUCAGAUCAGCGUCACCCAGCAGAAGGGCAUCAGCCGCUACGAAGGCGUCAUGGCCAACGGCGUCCCCUCGCACGAUGGUUCGCUGUCAGAUAAGCGGUUUAUAUUUACGUCAAAUGGCUGCAACAAAUCUCUCAGUCUGGAAGAGGGAUUCCUCUCCAAGAGCCAGGUUACUGCAUCUUCCUACUGGGAGGAGACCAACGAAUUUGGGCAAGUAUUCCAGUGGUCUCCCGACAAGGCUUGGCUUCAAGUCCCAGGAUUGGCUUGGGCCUCUAACCACAGCAGCAAUCGUGAAUGGUUGGAGAUAGACCUGGGAGAGAAGAAGAGAAUAACAGGGAUUAAGACCACUGGUUCUGGAUCCACGGUGAUGAAUUUCAACUUUUACGUGAAGACAUUUACAAUGAACUACAAAAAUAACAACUCGAAAUGGAGAACUUACAAAGGGAUUCUGAGCAAUGAAGAAAAGGUAUUCCAAGGCAACUCCAACUCCGGUGACAUAGUACGCAAUAACUUCAUCCCUCCGAUAGUGGCCCGCUACGUGCGAAUUAUCCCUCAAACUUGGAACCAAAGAAUAGCACUGAAGCUUGAGCUGAUGGGUUGUCGAAUAAUGCAAGCUAAUAGUUCAUUUACGCAUUCAAUGUGGCAGAAACCGAGUCAGAGCACGGAAACCUCCCUUGGAAAGGAAGACAGGACUGUUACGGAGCCCAUCCCAUCGGAAGAAACUAACUUGGGCUUAAAGCUUACAGCUAUAAUUGUCCCUGUCCUCAUCGUGCUGUGUCUGUUCCUGUUCUCUGGAAUUUGUAUCUGUGCAGCCCUACGCAAGCGAGAAGCCAAAGGACUUUCUUACGGAUUAUCCGGUGCUCAGAAAUCAGGUUGUUGGAAACAAAUCAAGCAGCCCUUCACCAGACAUCAGUCAACUGAAUUUACCAUCAGCUAUAAUAAUGAGAAGGAGACACCUCAAAAACUAGAUCUGGUCACCAGUGACAUGGCAGAUUAUCAGCAGCCUCUCAUGAUCGGGACUGGGACGGUAACACGGAAAGGAUCUACUUUUCGACCCAUGGACACCAAAGACGAGGGAAGAAGGGGGAGUUCAGAGUUCGAAAAUCACUACCACUGUCCGCACAGAGCUAACCGGCACGAAUACGCUCUGCCCCUGACCAGCCAAGAGCCCGAAUAUGCCACCCCCAUCAUAGAGCGGCACGUAACAAGAGAAAAUAAUUACCCCUCUGAAAACGGCUACAACGUACCUGUUGUCUCAUCUCAGAAACACUCCCUUUCUGCCGGCAGCUUCUCUAGUUCAUGUAAGACCGAUAACAGGAACGGAGACUAUCAGACGCCCCAGAGUGUCAUAAACUACGACAAACCCAAAGUUAACGGUGUUCUGACCUCCGUGAGCUACAGCACGGACUACCAGAAACCUCAGCCCACCGCCCUCGGGAGCGAGGGUUACUCAACGCCCAGAGACUGCCUAAAACCAAUAAGCCAGACAGCAAUGACAGCUCUCUUGUGAUCUGCCGAGCAGGAGAGACGCGGUGCGCAGGAACGUCGCUGCACAGCUUUCUGAAGCGAAAACAGAGUUUGGAGGGACUCUGCUGUGGGAGGCAGAAGGCAAACAAGCCCUGUGUACAUAAUAUUGCAGUCUUGCUGGGUUCUGACAUCUGAAGAAAGCAUAUGCUGUUUAUCGCUGUUUAUAGCAAGAGAGAUGUUAUCAGUGAAGACUGUACAUCUUAUUUUCUGUAACUGAUCUCAGUGCUCCAUUUGUAAUGUGUGCAAUUUGUACAUAGCUUUUAUUUAAGGAGAAUUUCUUAAGUUUCCUUUUCACCUGGGGGAUUGAAAGGAUUGCAGAAAAGCCUAUUUAAGAAAAACGGGCCUCCUUCUCCGUCUUUAUUUUACCUGCUGUUGUACUGGCAGCUGUAAAUGGUGUAUUUUACGGUUGUGGUCAUUAAUCUCCUUUCCUAUGAUAACUGAAGAUAGUGCAUCACUGUAGUUCUUACUGGGAGGGUAGAAGAAGUAAAACUACUUGAAGCAUAAUGUACACAAGAGAAGGCAGCUGAGCAUUUAAAUACUGUGCUCAAAUCCACCUUCCCGGCUGCUUUUUUAGCAGCAAUUCUUACAUGCUUGAGUUUGACCUAGCAUAUGAGCUGAGCCUGUCUAACUUGCUAUUCACAUUAGAAACAGAUAGAAAGGCUGAAACCAGUUUUGGGUUCAAGUCAUGGUGAUCACUCUGCAAUAGAAAAAACAACAAACAACAAACCCAACACCUGUCAGGCUGGUUUUUUUUCCAGGAAAUGUGUGUGGAACCAAAAUGUGAAUUUACAGCUGAGAAUCAAAUCCCGUUCAAGCCCUAGCUGAUGCUUUUGCUGCUAACCUAUAAGGAAAUUUGUUCCUUGGCACAAAGCAGCAAACUUCCUGAAUUCUUCGUUGCUCCACUAGGUAUUUUUCUGUCUUACAAGUUUAGCGUAACAUUUCUAUUUGAAAUAUUUUGACUGAGUAAAACACAGUGUGUGUAUGGCUUACUGUUGCAGUUAAAUUUGCAAGACAGCAGAUCAGCACAGUUGUUUUCAAAUAGUUUUUCUUUUGCAGCUAACGUUACCCUUAAUUCUGUUUUUGGACAAACUUGAAAAAGCGUGGGGAUAGGUGCAAUGUAUCGCACAGUAGCUGGCUCCUCUUUCAGCAGAGGCGUUGUUGAAGCGAAACAGCUUCUGGUAGCGACUGGGACCGUCCGCUGCUGUUCUACCUGCGGUGCUUCGAGCGUCACUUUGAAUUCGAAAGCUUGUCCUAAAUCGUCAAGAAGCAAUAUACUUCUGGGAAGGAAGAAUGGUGCUAUAUUUAAAGCACAAGGUUGGGAAACGAGACUAGUAAAACCUGAGCUCUGGGAAAGUUGCUAUCUGAAGGCCCUCCGUUUCCUUGCGUGUAAACUGGCAAUAAUUUGCAAAGGAUGCAGCAAAGAUUUGUGGUCUGUUUGCAAAGUGCUUUCAGAUCCUUGGGUGGAAAGCGCUGUCAGAGUACAGACUAGUUGCAGCGAUACUACUCAAAACUAUUGCUAACUCCAGCCAUAUCCGACCUCAAGGCAAGCUCUUGGUGGGUUCUUUGCAAACGCUUGUUUUGUGGCCUCAGUGGUACCGUUCCCUCACGCUGCCACACCGUGCAUUUGAUUCCCGUGCAAAGAAGAAAGAGUCAAGGUAACCUCGUAGCCUUCCUGUGUUUGCUGUCAAUACAGUUUCUGUGAAAUGUCUAAAACACCUCAGGUCCUGAAGUGAAACAGCAGCAGCCUGUUUGUUAGACCGAGCUGGGCGGUGUUGUUUACCUUCCGUUGUUUACAUGUCUGUGUAAAUAAAGAACACUGGUAUUUGUAAAUCA